AUGCCUCAACAAAAAACACGUACCAAUACGACCUUAGCAUGCAUCUAUUGUCAACGGAGACAUGAAAAAUGCGAAAGACUUCUUGAGGAGGAAAUCUGUACAAACUGUAGAAAACACAAUCGACUCUGUGUUUUUAUUCAUGGUAACAAACGUGGUCCAAAGCCGCGAAUACAAAAUACUGGGCUUGUAAACCUCCAGGCUUUUUCAAAUAUUAAUCCUUAUACACCUGGCAUCGAAAAUAGUUCACACUCUGUAUCAAGAGCAUUUUACACUCAAUCUCAACACACGCACGGUAUUGAGUGCUAUUCAUUUCCCACAUCAGAAAUUUACAUCGAGUAUCAACCCACGCCUAGUGCCGAGAGCUAUUCACGCCUGACAUCAGGAGUUUACAACCAGUAUCAAGAGCCACUUACACAAAGUAGCUUGGACAGCUUAUAUCCAGUAUUGGGGACUACUAAAGUAUUCCAAAAUAUGUUCAUUAAUCAAUCCUCCUCAACAUCUUCCUCUUUUACCCACAAAGAACCCACAAUAAAUAUAGAUCCUUCAACUAUUAUUGAUCAUUUAACGAUUAAUGACCUUUCAACUAUUAAUGAUCCUUGUCUAAUCCUGUGA